AUGUCCUUGUUUGGGACUUCACCUCCCGAACCCGCUUACACAAGCUCCAACGCCAAUUCAAAGUCACUGUUCGGAGACGAGAGUGAGACUGCGGCGACCACCACUUCUUCCCUAUUCGCAGACGACGCCGGCGAUACAUCGCCAUGGAUCAUGCCCACGCCGAAAAAAGCUGCCAGACGUGAACUUGUCAAGAAUCUACUUCCUGCGACAGACGUUCCGGAGUUCUACAUCGACUCGUACGACACAAUGCUGGAUUCCAAAGAUCGUGUUGGCGCAGGCAUCGGACUGACGGGCGUCAAGAAUAUCCUUGCAAGCAGCGGCCUAUCUGGCGUCGAGCAAGCAAAGAUCCUCAACUUCGUCGUACCGGGAGGACAAGAGAGUGCCAAUGGCCUUAGCCGAAGCGAGUUCAACGUGCUACUUGCCUUGAUUGGAUUGGGACAGGAAGGUGACGAUAUCACAUUGGAUGAACUGCCUCAGCCGAAGAUCUCCUAUUUCAACAAACUGAGGACGCAGGCACGUGAGGGAGAUAUCCGUACUCGUCCAUCACAAGCAGCUAUCACGCCUCCAUCAGGAACUUCUCCCAGAGAAACGAACUCGUCACGACCUCGAAGAAUGCGCCAAGACUCGCUUGGAGACCCAGAGUCGGAUCCUUGGGCCAGUCCUGCUAUGACCAAACCUCUAGCCCCUCGUCCACCUUCUCCGGCUGAGAAGGCCAAUGGCGUCGCCGAAACCGAGCAGCCUUUGUCCGCCCGUAACAUGUCGCAAAGAACGACAAGCGAAUUCACUACACACGGUGAGCCUACGUCGAAUGGAAACAAUGCCGCAAGACGAGAUACGCCGCCGACAGACGAUGGUGGAGAGUGGAAUACCUACAACGGAAGCUCAGCAGGUGGGUUCCCUGAACGACCUACAUCAGGCGGCGGAUUUGGCGACGCAGGAGAUGACGACCAUGGCAACCGGAGGUCAGGUAACCAGCCCAGGUCGAGCGGCCUAAGUACAGCUAUCCCCCACGGCACAGGAGAGGUCAUUGUCGUCACCAUGCUUCCAGACAAAGAAGGCAUGUUCUUGUUUCAACAUCGGAAUUACGAAGUCAAAUCCGUGCGUCGAGGUAGCAGCGUUGUGCGCCGGUACAGUGAUUUUGUGUGGCUUCUGGACUGUUUGCAUAAAAAAUACCCUUUCAGACGGAUACCUCUUCUCCCUCCGAAACGUGUAGCAGUUAACGGAACGCAUCUCGCAGCCGAUUCGUCCUCCUUCCUCGAAAAGCGCCGUCGGGGUCUCGUCCGUUUCACCAACGCCCUUAUCCAGCAUCCAGUCCUCAGCCAAGAGCAACUUGUCAUAAUGUUUCUCACAGUACCUACUUAUCAGGAACUCUCAGUCUGGCGCAAACAAGCCACCAUCUCCGUGACCGAGGAAUUCGCCGACAGACCACUGCCCCCAGAUCUCGAGGACAGCCUCCCAGCCAGCCUAGCGGAAACCUUCGACACUGUCCGUGCGGGCGUCAAACGCUCCGCGGAAAUCUACAUCCAACUGUGCACGCUGCUCGAACGGCUCGCCAAACGCAACGAAGGCCUCGCAGCUGACAGCCUGCGCUUUAGCUUAGCGUUAACCAGCCUCACAGAAAACAGCAUGGACACCUACGCCAUCGACACCAACGACGUCCCGCUCCUGAACGAAGGGAUCAAUGCAACGGCCAAACACUUGUCCACGUCGCAAACCCUGCUAGAAGACGAAGCCAAAGCCUGGGACGAAGGCGUGCUCGAAGACUUCAAGAAACAACGCGAUUCCCUCGUCGGCAUGCGCGAUAUGUUCGACCGUCGCGACCGGCUGGCACGCGACAAUAUCCCCCAGCUCGAACGCCGGAUCGAGGUCUCGGAGCAGAAAUUGGAGACGCUACGCCUGAAACCGGCAGGCAGCGUGAAGCCCGGUGAGAUUGAGAAGGUGGAGAAUAGUAUUAUUAGGGAUAAGGAGAGUAUUGUCGCUCAGCAUGCCAGGGGUGUUUUUAUCAGGGAGUGUGUCCGGGAUGAGAUUAGGUAUUUUAGUGGGGCGAGUAUCUGGCAAGUUAGUCGGUUGGUGCAGGAUUGGAGUGCGGAGCGGGUCAAGUUUGGCGAGUUGCAGGCCAGUUGUUGGAGGGGUUUGCAGGAGGAGGUGGAGAGUAUGCCGGUUGGUGAAUGA